UCGCGGCCGCAUCCCCCCGCUCACGGGGGCGGGGAGGGAAGGAGAGAGGAUGUACUGAACGGGGUGGAGUACGAGCGCCGAGCGCGGCGGCAGGGGGCUGCGCCGGGUGACGUGAGGGCGGAGGAGUGAAGACAGGCACACGGCGGAAACAGUGUGUGCGGCGCUUCUCUCCGGAGCGUCUUCAGAAAGGUUUCGGUCCCCCACCCUUGCGUAGUGAAGUGGUACUGCCCUUCUGUGCGCGAUGUCCCAGGCGGUAGCGAAGGAGAUCCCGCAGGAGCAGGGCGAGGGCGGCUCCCGGAGGAGCAGCUGGGGGCUGCUGGUCACGGCCGGUGUGGGAGGGACCUUGGUGGCCCUCUAUGCUGUGGCCACCCCCUUCGUGACCCCGGCCCUGAGGAAGGUGUGCCUGCCCUUCGUUCCUGCAACUGCCGCUCAGAUCCAGAAUGUGCUGAAAAUGCUGGAAAACAGAAGUGGCUCCCUAGUUGAUAUUGGUAGCGGGGAUGGCCGCAUUGUGAUAGCAGCUGCAAAAAAGGGAUUCCAAGCUGUCGGUUAUGAAUUAAAUCCGUGGCUAGUCUGGUACUCCAGAUACCGUGCCUGGAGAGAUGGGGUACAUCAGAAUACCAAAUUUCAUAUUUCAGACUUAUGGAAGGUUUCUUUUUCCCAUUAUACAAAUGUUGUUGUUUUUGGAGUACCUCAAAUGAUGCCACAGUUGGAGAAGAAGCUGGAAGAUGAACUUGAAUGUAAUGCCAGAAUCAUUGCCUGUCGCUUUCCUUUCCCUUGCUGGAUUCCAGAUCAUACUACUGGAGAGGGAAUAGACACUGUGUGGGCCUAUGAUUUGAAACGUUCUAGGGGAUGCGAAACAAAGAUCUUGGAAAUUACAGCAGAGACAGAAUCCUAAACAUCUAAUUCGGUUUUUUACUGAAAUUUUUAGCUUUGACUGGGCCUGUUGAAGAUAAGAUUAACACAGAUAGAGCCCUGGCAUAUGAAGAUCUAUAUUCACUAUAAAAACUAAAGUACAGUGAUUGUCUGAAAGCACACCAAGGUUACUGAAAGGUGUAGUUAAAUUGCUUAAUACAGUGUCCUGGUUUAACGCCUUCUGGCAGUGAAAUACCACACAGAUAUUCACUCACCCCAGUCCCCACACUCCCCCAGUAGAAUGGGAAAGAAAAUUGAAAAAAAUGUCAUACCUAUGACCAUGGAUUAAGAUAGGAAUAGUUUAAUAAUUGAAAUAAAUUUAAUAAUAAUAACAACAAUACCAAGAGAGGAGUAAAACCCAAGAAAGACGAGUGCUGCACAAUACCCUCGCUCACACCCACUGACAGAUGCCCAUUCCAUCCCAGAGCAGUGAUUGGCCCCUCCCAGCCAACUCUUCCCAGUUUGUAUACUGGGCAUGAUGUUCUGUGAUGUUCUGAAUAGCCGUUUGGUCAGUUCAACUCAGCUGUCCUGGCCAUGCUCCCUCCUGGCUUCUUGCGCACCUCCUUGUUGGCAGAGCAUAAGAAACUGAAAAGUCCUUGGCUUGGAGUAAGCACUGCUCAGCAUCAACUAAAACAUCAGUGUGUUAUCAGCAUUAGUCUUAUUCUAAAUCAAAAAUACAGCACUCUACCAGCUACUAAGAAGAAAAUUAACUCCCAGCUGAAACCAGGACAUGUUGUUAGCCAAAAUUAUGAAAAAGUUUUUAUAGAGGUGGAAAACUUUAAUAUGGAAAAUGGGUUAGAACACCAUUCACUACAGUUAGGGGGAAUAUAUGUAUAAGUUAAAUGCUCAAAUUGGUGAACUUACACAUUCUUUCAGAAUUGUUAUUGGUGUUGGAAGUGGUGUGCAAGUGGCUCCUCAAAUGAGCUGUUUCCCAAAUGUCUGAAUUACGUAUGCCAAGUGGCAUGAUGCUGCAUGCACAAAACUGAUCCAGAUGGAGUGUGAUGAUGACACCGAUGUUUCACACCUCAGCCUUGAAUGUGUACUUUUAAAAGUUGAGUAUGACUAAAGAGGCAAAUAUAACUUGUCGUUCGUUCAUUAUCACAAGUGCCACCUCUGAUUAUAUUAAUGUACUUUUAUUUAACUUGUGUGCUGUUUUAACAGCAGCUGGAAAAGAAACCCCAAGUAAGCCCCUCCCCUUCUCCUUCACAUCUUUCAGUAAGGGAGGGGCAAAAGCAGAAAUUAUGGGUUGAGGUAACAAUUUACUGAAAGCACAAAGCAAGAAUAAGACAUGGCACAGGAACAACAGCAAUAUUAAUAGCAAAAGGAUACAAAAAGAGCAGGUAUUUUACUGACAGAAAAGGUGUUCACCACUGGGAACAACAAUAAGAUGGCGGAUGCUUCCCAUAGAUCAUGUCUGCAUGGCUUCCCCAGACAUCGGCAGCAUGAUGGCUGGGGAGGCAAAAUGGCCAACUUUCAGUGGAGCACCAGGAUUUUCCUUCCUACCGAAACCAUCCCCCCAGCAAGGGUUUGGGAGGUAUAGAACACCAAAACACCAACCUGGCCACAGCGCUAAGCUCUGACCCCUCUCUGCAACCAGGACAACUUGUUAUGUGAACACAAAACUGCAGAAGGAUGGAUGCUCUUGCUGAACUCUUACUGGUAUAAGCUGUUGCAGACAACCAUAAUUUUUCCUAACCUUUCUGAUUUAGGAAGGGUUUCAAAAGUCAUUUACUUGUCACAGAAGUGCCACCAAUUCUGUGUGCUCAAACUUUGGAUAAAGAUACGGAUGAGAGUUGCUUACUUGAAUACUUGAAGUCUGUCUCUUGAUUCCAGAGCUAGUUGUUCUGGCUCGUUUGUCUAUAUCUGAUUAAACUUCAUUUAAUUUAUAGUGAGAUGAGAAGGGAGGUUUUCAUCAGACUUGUUUCCCCGUCUGUUUUUCUGUAUCAUUGGAUGAGAUCUCAGAAACUCAUGGUAUCGCUGUGUGGCUUUUCCUUGUAAGUGAAGCAAGUUGUCCCUGUCCUUUUGCUGAUGCUGGUUUGCAGUGGAGUACUGUCACUGCAUGGAAGUUUUCCUUUUCUGCCAUGGUUACAACACCUUUCUGUUGUAUCAUGUUCUGCUUACUUGUUCUUCUUUUCUGGUUUCCAGGUAAAGUCUUACUGUGUUCACCCAUUAGCAAUUAGUGAGAGUUCAUAGUCAGCCUCCCCUGGCCCCAGUUAACGUACAGUCUCUUUGUUAAGCAGUAACUAUGCAAGUUUGUCAGAUCUUUGCAUAUAUGUUUCCCAUAGAAUGAAGCUAAAAAAAGCUGGGCAAUUGUCACCUGACUUCAAGGCAGUCAUUACCACAACUAAAAUGAUCUCAGUCCAAGAGAAGUGCUGAGACCCUACAAUUUGAGGUAAAUACAAAGUCUGACAUUUUAUCAGGUGUUGGUAAAGCAAAUUUGGCUGGUCUGUAGAAUCUGACUUGAAGAGAAGUUGGAUGUUAUUUGGGAUGUACCCUGGCUUUUUGGUGCAAGGGGACAGGAAGGAGAAGUUAAAAUGUAAGUAUAAUAAUCCUGCUCUGAGGAUUUGAAAUGGAGCAUGGUUUUGUCCUGAAAAUGUACACAAAGCAGGAGAAGAAAGGGGCAAAUAUAUUUGGAGUGUGCAAAGGAGAGGUGAUUUCAGCCUUGCAUGGAAAGGCACAGCUGUGAACAUGAGGACUGUGUGUACUGAAGAACACCAGUGUCUGGUAAGCAGUCUUACAGACUUUUGCUGCAAGAAUGCAUAAAGCAUCUUGUAAAACUACACUAAAUUCUUUCUAUAAUGAUUUAAGUGUUAUGAUCAUUGCACAAUGACAUGACAAGGGAUAGAGUGGCUUAUCUAAAAUGCCUGAAUUUAAUAUCCCAAGGCUAUAAAACUGGAACCUCAGACAAAGCAAAUCUGAAUGUUUUCUAAUGAAAAUAGACUAACAAAGGGGAAAUUGGCUAAUUAAGCGAAGUUCUUCCCUGAAUGAUCAUAAAGGAAAAGAGGAGGCAAAAGAUUUUGAUCCCUUGAAUUGUGACUCAUCUGCAGUGCAGUGCUUUGACCCAGGUUUCUACAGCCUGCUUUCACUAAACUUAGUUUGUAGGGAAUGAAGCAGUUAUUUAUUUUUCUCCUGUGUGACUAUAUAUUUUUCUAUUGCAUUAACCUUUGCCUGUUAAAAGUUAAAACUGAGUUUCUCAUUUUUGCCUGUGGUAGAGGUUUUGGGAUGUGCACUUCCUAGUUACCACCUAUUGCUCCAGAACUACUUGCUGAGGAGGGCACAAUAGAAUUAAUGAUGUGGUGACCUGAGCUAUAGGAGUACUAAGUGCUGUCCUCAAGGCAAGGAGAGAUUUAUGAAUGUUUUCAAGUAAUGCAGAGGGCUGUUUCUUGCUCUGGCUAUUUACUUUUGGGGGCCUCCACUGAAUUAGGCAGUGGUCUGAAGGUUUGGGAUUCCUUAUGACAUAAGGAAAUGUGCUGUAUUUCCUGUUUCCGUGGCCUAAGUGUGAAAUGGAAAGCAAAGUGUUCCAAUUUACACAGGAGGACUGGGAAAUAAUUUUCUUGAUACAUUGUCCUUUCCUGUCACUUGCUAUGUUCAUUUGAUAGUUUUCAAGAUUAACUACUUGACUGUGACUUUAGUUACCACUGUAUGGAUUAUUAUGUUGAUACACUUCCAACUGCUAAAGUAAUGUAUUAUGAUUUUGUUGAUAUGAUACUUCAGAAUAAAAAAUUGUUUCUUCGGAAAACCAGGAAAGAGAAUUACCUUAAUCAAAUGAUAGCAUAGGUCUGAAGCCAAAAGGAGGAAACAUUCAAGCUACUCAUGCUGUUCAAUACCAAAGUAAUUCAGAUGCACAGAAAAACCUGUAGUUUUUCUUUGUUUGUUUCUUAUAGUAGAAUCACUUGCCUUUUGGAGUUACUGAUGUUAUUCUUUCCUUGCCCUGCCAGAUUUUAGCAAAAAAAAUUGCUGAAUGACUAAUGCUUUCUUGAAAUACUGUAGAAUUUGAUUUGUUUGUAAAUAGUAAAGGUCAGGGUCAGACCUAGAAAUGUUUUUGUUCUCCCCCCCCCCUCCCCUUUUUUUCUUUAUUGAGACACAUUAUGUCCAUGCAGGUUUUGUGAUGCAAGAUGAAUUGUGCCAAUGCAGCAUCUUAGUGCUGCAAUUCUAAUUUUGUAGUUUUCCAUUUCCAUUUUUCAGAAAUUGGCUUUGUAGAGAGAAGGAGGUGGUGGUAUGGCUGCAAGAAAGACGUGAUAGGCAGUUUGCUCAGUAAGUUGCAGUCACUACAGCCACACAGCAGUCAACCAAACUUGUCCAGAUUUGUUUGGGAAAUAUACACAUUUUUUGUGGGUUUUAGGCAUUUCUGUAUUACUGGGCAUAUUGAAGUUCUUGGUUUAUCCUCUGGUCUGAUUACAUGCUGCUACUUAAUCUAAUACUGCUCCAAGGAAGUUAAUCCUCUGUCUCUGAGCUACUGUUUAUUUCUGAGUCAGGAGUUGUAGCCAGGUAAGAAGAUACAGAAUCCAGUUUCAGAUUAAGCACCACACAAACCGGUUGAGUGAAUAUGGUCUGUGGAAAGAGUUCCAGGUUCCAGGCUUUGGGGAAGUCUUUCACCUUUCACGAAGGACACAGCUCAGAAGGCAGCAGAGAUCUCCUGAAUUCUUUAUAAUUCAACAAUGACUUCAGCGUUGCUUUUCUCACGUGUGUUUUUACAAAAAGUUUGACCACUGUAAGACCAUUUUAAGAUCUGUAGAAUUAAGAUCUGUAGAAUUAAGCAAAGGCAGCAUUUUAGUUACUAUUUAUAUUUGGAGCUAGGGGAGGAAGGGAGAAAGGGGAUCUUAUAGCUCAAGUAUGGCAGUUUGAUCUAUUUCGGAAGCAGUUUGACAGACUUGCAUCAUCUGUGUGUACUUCUCACUGCGUAGGAGAAUCCAUGCCACAAAUGGGCUGUGAUGAGCAUUCACUCAGAAAUGGGUUCAUGUCUGAUACCACUGCUCUUGGAUGAACACUGAUUAUUGAUAGCUUGCCUCAUACCUCUAUAGUUUCACUUUCCGUAGUUUGCUAAACACUGAAGCAUUUAUUCAAGAAAGGACACGAGUCCUUCAAAUUCAUAGUUGAAUUUUGGACUGUCGUGUGCAGGGCCAGGAUGGACUUCAAUGAUCCUUGUGGGUCUCUUCCAUCUUAGGAUAUUCAAAGAUUCUGUGGUUGAAGAGGGCAGCCUUACAUCAGAUUUAACGCCAGUAAAUUCUGCUGUGAGUGAAUUAUUUUUCUUUUACAUUUGCCAAGAUUGUGGUUCUGUAGUUUUAAAAUGUAGCCCCAACUUGCUUUUCGGAAAUAAUAUACGCUGCUUCUAGAAGAUCUCUUGAAUUCUUGAUAAGAUAGUGUGGCAUCUAUGUUUAACUUAAAAAUCACCCUUGAGUAAGAUUACAAAAAUACUCAUUCUGCAGCUUUUUUCUUUGCAUGAUAAUCUUGCUGUUCAUCCUUGUAUGUUUUACUGAGGGAGACUUAUACAUGGAUAACUACCAUUUUUUCCCCAUUCUUUUCCUGAGUUCUCCCUCAUUUUUAAGUGUUUGCUUUAAUUUUUCAUAUUGUCUUUUUACAAUUUGACUGACUUCAUAAAUGAGUCAGUGUUUAAAUUUCCUUUAGGUUUUUUUUCCUGUAAAUUAGUUUCCUUUUUUUUUCCCCAACCACUUUGAAGGAAGACUAAAUAUGUUAAGGAAUGUUCUUUUUCUGUCUAACAUUUUAACCUUGAUUUAUUUUGCAGUCUGUGUGCUGACAUAGCAUGACUUUUGUUUCCAGUAUAUGAAAGAAAAACACAUCCACACCAAUGGUAUUUAGACUGAAAAAUAGCCUUGGUCUACAACAAUUCUGGCUAUUUAGUAGUUUUAAGUACCUAAAUGCACAUUUUUAUAAUAUUUCAUCAUAUGGCAAAUGAAUACAGGCCUUUUAUCCCUUUGGUUGUUCUUUGGAUUUGGGUUGUUUGUUCAGGUGUGAUUUUUGCUGAUUUCUUUUUCUUAGUAUAAUGUUGGUAUUUCUAUUAGAGGCUUUGGUUGAAAUGUCAGAUGGAUGUUUUUUCUGCAAGUUGGUGUGUAGACCUGGAACAAUCACUGUGAUAUACUCCUGUGAACUGCUGGCAUUGGUAAAAAUUAUGUGAAACCUGCUUACCAGUAAAUGCACAGGGAUAUUUUUCAGCUUACUGUGUAUGUUGUGGUUUUUAAAAGUAAAGGAGAUUCUUGAAGACCAUAUAGAACUUGUGGCACAAAGAGGUCUUUGCAAGGUCAGAAGCAGUAAAUUACUGGCUUUCAACCUGAGGUUUGUGGCUACCUUCUGAGGAAUCCACAAAAAGUAAUUUAAAAUUAGAUCUACUAUUGGUAGGUUUAUAUUUGCUACCCAUGGUUGUGUUCUUCCAUUGGAAAAUUGUAAUGUGCCUGAAAUGAUCAUUUGAGAAUCCCUGAACUAAAAAUAUGGGUUGACGUAAGGUAUUAGCCUAAUGGAAAUGAGCUUAUCAAAGUGAGGAAGUUUUUUUUUCUUCUUUCUGUUGUUGCUUGCUUGGAUUGUUGAGCUUUGACCCUCUGCAGUGUAUGGGCCUCUCUGUCUCUUCUGAUAAGCAUGUAACUUCCUAUUCUGCUAUGUGAGAGCCAUUUCAUGGUUUUGCACAUUCCCAUUGCAUUCUAAUAAGUCUGGCUUUUCAGGUAAUCUAUGAUAGAUCUGCUAUAAGGAUCUAAUUACUUGGGUUUUGGUUUAGGAUCUGCUUAAACAUUAAAAUUACAUCUUCAAAACACCUGAUAAACUGCCACUGAAGCCUGUCUAAAAAGCCAACAGAGCCUGUGAAAGUCUUUAAUGCUGUAAUGUCUGCAGCUAUCCAUGCCAAAACUUUGGUUCAGAGAGGCAGAAAUGUGUGUCUCUCUUGUAUAUGCUCUCUUGAUUCUAGAUUUUUUGAUUGAGAAUGGAAGUGUGAGGAGAAGACACAAAAGGGGUUAUCAGGAGGAGGAUCACUGCGAGCUCUGUAAGACAAAAAUGUGAGUGGUGAGUGAUAUAGCCAAAAUCUGAGCCAUCUGUGUCACUCUAGCCCUUAAGGUUUGAUGCUGUCUUUUUUUAAUUUCCCCUGACGAUUGUGUAGCUCUUCUUGAAAGUAUACUUCUUUUUCUUUCUUUCCUAUUUUUUUUCGAGUUUUUCAGAGUGUACACAAAUCAAAGUAAUUUAUAUGUCCAAAUAUGUCAUUCUCUAAAUUGUGCACAGGAACCCUCAUCAUCCAUGUUAUGUAUAUUUUAUUGCUGCUUCCUUCUUUUCAGUACACAGAGACCAGACUUAUACUCUGAAUACCUUUAUAUCAAUACAUAAAUAAGUUUUGUGGGUGUGAUCAAUACCAAUUAAGUUUAUUUGCAAGCACAGAUCUCACACUGAAGCAACUCUAAAAAGAGUUAGAGCAGGAAUGGGACAAAUAGUGGUCAUCAUGGGAAAAUACUAAUGUUACUUAGAGACAGUGAUGGUAGAGUCUUCUGCCAUUGAGGUACUUUUAACUUCAGUGAGCAGCCUGAUGUGUCAAGCAAAGUCAGGGAAUGAAAGACUAGGAGCAAAACAGCACUGUGUGGGGUGCUUUAAAAGAAAUUUAUUCUUUAAAGCUGUCUUCAGAGGCUGCCUUCUGGUUUCAUCUAAGUUGUUAACUACAGUUGUUGUUCUGAUAAAGAGUAUGUUGGUAGGAGAAUAUUAUUGGCUGAGCUAAUACAACUAGUGAGCAUCUUGAAGUGUUUAUUCUGUAAAUAAAUAGAUAAACAAUUCAGAUAAUUUUUUACCCUUCCCUCCACCCCACAAAUGAAUAAAAAAAACCAAACCCAAAACACAACAGCCCUUUAGAGUGACAACGUUGCAGAAUUAAAAUGGAAGCUACCUUUAUCAUCCUUGGAAAUUAAAUGUUAGGAAACAACUUCCAAUAUCAAAAAAAGUUGUCAGCUUCAGCAACUGGCUCUUAUUUACCAGAGAGCAUUACAUAUAUUGUUGGUUAGAUCCACACUGACUUAACAAGUUUAAGUUGCUUAGAAAAAGUUACUCCUUCUUGUGAGUCUCCCAGGCAUACACUCUGAAUUAGGUUGUUGGCUUAUUAUAAUAAAAACACUGAUCAAAUAACACUCCUCUCAGGAUUGUUUGUCUACUGUAGGAAAAUAAAGCAGUCUGAGCACUCACCAUGCACAGGAAACCUGGAUGCUGGAUCUGUCAUGUUUUGUCUAUAGCUGUUUUCCUCAUGCUUGUCUGUACUUUGGGAGAGCGUGAACAUCAGAUGAUUGGAGUGGGGACAUUUUUCCACUUGGGUCAUAUUUGCAUAUGUAAGGACAGAUGAGAUGUUGAAGCCUGCCUUUAAUCCCUUUCACAGUAUGUCAUCAAUAGUGAUCAAUUUUCUAGUAUUGUUUUAGUCUAACUGGUGAAAUUUUCAUUUCCACAGGCAUAAAACCAGAUGUUGCUGAUCAUUCAUCUUUCUAAUCUGUUGUAUGUCUGAAGACUUUAUGUUGGCAAUACAAGUCUAUUUCCAUUUCUGUGCAUAAUACCCAGGAGAUGUUUUGUUGUCCUUGAGCACCUUAAUUUCUGUGGUGAGACAGUGUUCCCUCCUGGUGCUGGAUAUGCAGGUCACUCACUGUCUGAGCUUGUAAGUGCCAGUGUUGUGGAUGCUGCUGCUUUCUUGUUGGGGUGCUCCAAGCAGUGCUGAAGCCAGGAUACUGGAGCUGAAGCUCCACAGCAGAUAAUCCAAUAAAAGGAUUGAACUUUGCUUUGCAUUUAUUAUUGUUAGCUCCUCCCUGAUCAUUACACCCCAUCCCAUCUCCCCCCACAAGAAUAAACAUCCCCUCACCCCAAUCUCAUCCAUCAGAAUGUGUUUAUUUGCUGUUCAGCUGCUGGUGCAAAUGACCACAUUCCUUUCCAGCUUUGUCUAGGCCGUGGGCCUACUGAGACCUGCUAGGUUUAUGUUUUGAUGUAAGUAGGCUCAGCUUUAGUUUCACUAGUGUCAGUCAAGGGUCUGCUUAAGAAAUCCUCAGAGUCUAUGAAGGUGCUGAAAUGAGCAAGCUCAGGGUGCUGGAGAUUUCCUGAAGCUGGCUGUCUUAGCAUGAUGGAACACAGCAUCAAUGUUUUUCAUAGACUUUUAUAAAGACUGCUUUAGCACUGCUGAAUUUUCUCUCUCCUCCACUUCAGGAACUCUGCUAAGCAAAGGAUAAAUUCAGUCCACUUUACUCUCUGACUAAUAGUGGUAGAAUAUUGUGGUUUAAUUUUACACUGCUGUUUGUUUCUAGUAUAGUCUAUUUAUAAAGUUUCCUUCACUGGAGGGAAAGACCUUGGAAUCCUUCCUCUCCAGCACAAACUUAAGAGCAAGGCUCUUGACCUGAGGGGCUUCCCCUUUGGAAAGUCUCUCAGCAGCACAAAGGUCCUGUACCAGGAGAGAUGGGAAGGCUUUCUCUUAAAUUCCUGUUGCUGAUAUAAAUGCUUUUUGUCAGGACCACAGUUAGGAACGACUCGAUUUUCCACCAAGACUUCCACCAAGACCUGUGGCUUAAGGUUAGUCUAAAGGGGUUGAUACUGGGUCUGGUAUGGAGUGUUGGAGUAGCAGGACUUCACCUAUUUGCCUUUUGGGGGAAUGUUGAAAACCAAGUUUUGGUCCUUAUGAUAGCAUAAUUUCUAUUAGAUGUCAUUAAAAGUAUCAUAAUGUUUUGAUAUAAUGAAAAUAUAAGAAUAAUCUUCUGGUACUAAUACUCUGGUAAUAGCCUAAGCUAAAUGCUACCGAAUGGAGAUUUCUAGGUUGGAGAAAGAAAUUUCUAGGUUUCCCUUCGGUAAGUAUGUGUUAAGCCUAUUAACUUUAGGGAAUUUGUUUGCAUGUAUUUAAAAGAAAUAAAAGUAGAUGUAGAAGAUAGCAGUUGGAAUGCUAGUUAUUUGUUUGCAUUCAGCCCUGAAGUAAAAUGCAAUGUUUAUACAGCAGUAUUCAUUUUCAAACCGCUACUGAAUAAUAAAUCUAGAAACACUUUUUUAGGAUUGGCUCAUAUUAUCUUCACCCUUUACAACUACAAAAAUUGUAGCAAAGAGCUAAUUUGUUCGAGACCACAAAAGUAAUUGGUGGCAAUGCUGUGAUUAAAAUGAAGCCUGCAACUGCAUGCCUGUGUCUGCAGCUGGAAGAAUGUAUUUUUCAAAUUGCUGCUCCUCAGGGUGGCAGUACCUGUGCACUUUCAGAACGGAUGGAGCCAGAGAUGGAGCAGGCAGAUGCUCACUUAUGCCAUGUAGUGCUUUCUCACUGCUUACAACUAUCAGAUACAGCACCUACAGUGGUUUUGUCUGUCAGAUUCAUGAUCUUGGUUUUGUUUGUUUGGUCUUACUUUUUUAUUAGUUCUUACUAGGUGUGAUGUCUCACAGUUACUGCUUUUAACUGCAUUUGCAUACUUCUGUCAUUGUUUAGACACGCUACUUCACAGCUAAACUUACUAUUUCUAUUGAAGUGUACGACUUUGUGUUUUGUACUACAUCCUGGUCUAUUUUUGUGUGAGACUUGAUCUGGUUCUCUGUUUUGGUGAUUUCUAUUUGUGACAGAAAAGUUCCAGGCUUAAAUUUCUUGUUAAUGGCAGUAUUAAACAUAAGUUGUCUCCAGUCCA